AAAUAUUUGAUAAUAUACAUUUCAACUGGAGACGGCGGACGCGUCCGAACGAAAAAAUAAUAUUGCACCGUAAGUACGCAAAAAAAGAAAUUACACGCACAAAAUCAUUAAUUAUUGUAUUGUUUAUUUCAACGUAUGCGUUUGACGAAAAACAAUACAAAAGCACACGGGGAAAGGCAUUGGCGUAAAACCUAUGUGUACAAUAAAUCCGGGUUUAGAAUAUACUAGAAUAUAAACCGACGAAAUCUGCAGCUUUCAGUUUAUAAGGAAAAUAUGUAUCGAUUAUAGAUAUUUUAAAACGUACUCGGACCGUUUCGUCGAAGCGAGCAAGAAGACUUCUGAACAGGAAGCGUCGUGACGACGUAACCGUAAAACGAAAUGUAGCACAGAAAAAAAGUGUCGGUAAUCGUAUAAUUAUAUUAAAGAAUGUUGACAUUUUGAAUUCCACACUAUGUCAAGGAAAACGACGCCGGUGUAAGAAAUAAUAAAAUUAACGUAUAAAAAUCUGAAAAAAAAAAAAAUAAAUAACUAUAACGAAAUAAUAUAUUCUGUGUUUUAAAUUUAAUUAAAUACGAAACAUUAUUGUUCUGUUCAAAUCCACUAGGAUAUCGUAGUGUAAAUACUUUUUUCAUUCGUCCGUAUCGGCGCACGUUCACAGUAACAUCAUUUGUACAGGAUAUUAUGUAUUUAAUUAAUGUUUAUAAUAUUAUAUACUCGCCUGAUAUAAUAUUCAAGUAUCUACACGAAAUUGCCUAUAUUAAACUUGAAAAUUCCAAUAAUAUACCGAAGUUGUAUGUUUGUUAUUAAAACAAGAAUAUACAAUAGAUGGAUACCUACCUAUGAUGUGACUCAUUGUACACGUGAUUCAAUAAAACCAUUUGAAACCGUGAUAUUAUAAUCUGGGCGUAAUGUGACGUACCUAUGUAUUAUUCUCUCUGAAACACUCGCGGGAUGAAUAAUCGAAACAAUACAACAGGCAGACGGCCGUCAUUAGUUUAGUAAUAAGGUUAGUGGCUCAACAAGAAGGAAACCCGGUCGCUGCGAAUCUCGGAAGAGAUUUCCGAAACAAUAAUUUAACACGGUGACGUAAAAAUAAAAGAAAAAAAAUUUCAACAUUCCGCUGUGAUUUUGGCUAUGAAAAAGAUGUUAUUUUUGAGUCGCAAAUUAGGAAUAUUGCAACGGAUAUUGGUUAUUGCAGUGUUGCCGCUGAUCAUCAUCACACUGUCCACAAAUAUUUCUGCAUUGUCCGUCAAAGACACGUUCCAUAAUAUCAGUCUUUCCACCGUGAGUACAAUUUUUAUUAAUAUGUUUAAAACAUUAUUGAAUUUUUCCCAAAAUACGUUUAUAGUGACCACAAAUUACAUACCUAUAAUUUUAGAAUUUUUAUUAAAUUUGUUAGUGUAUAUAGAUCACCUUUAUGAUUAUAGGGCCUACCUAUUUGGAUUAUUUUAAACGUGUACACAUACAUUCACGAAUUACCGUACUUUAAUAUUUACUUUUUUACUUUCUUACUAAUACAUAAUAUUGUUGAAAUUUUAAAUUAAUAAUAAAACAAAUUAAAAUUACACAAAACUCACAAUAAAUUUAAUGUUUUUAACUAAUGUAAUACGUUAUUGCUUAAACAAAAAAUGUCCGUGUACACGUGCAUAAUAUUAAAAAAUAAUAUGAACACGGAUAGUAAAUUUAGUUCUAGGUAAAAAUUUCCGAAUAAAAAUUUCCAAAAAAAAAUUAUCCAGAGGUAAAAAAGUUCGGGAAAAAAAAUCUAUGAGAAAAGAAAAAGAAAUGAAAAAAUGUUAAUGUCACUUAUGUCAAUAGAUCUAUAGAAAAAAAGUCACUAGGUUUAUAAAAAGAAUAAUAUAAGAUAGUUGAACCAUUUUACAAAAGGAUGUAGGAUGUUGGAUUCUUUAGCUUUUUAACCAAUCGAUGAUGUACAAAGUUGAUUUGACUUUUUAAAAACAGUUAUGUCCGAAGAAGCCAUUAUAUUUAUAGACAUAUGAAUUUUACGAAUUAUUUUCGUAAUUUUUAUUUGGUAGAUACUCUGUGUAUACAAUUAUUAGGCUAAACAGAAAUGAUUAAAAAUUUAACAGUAGGUAUAUUAUAAGUCGUACUUAAUUGUAAAAAAAAAAAUUGAUUUUCAUGUAAUAUUUUUUUUUAUACAAAUUUUAAUAUCAAAUUUACACGAAAAUCAUAAAUUAGUAAUCGUAAUCGUAAAUACGGCCUUUAAAACAUCUAUAACCGAAUUUCGCUCUGAAUUGUUUUUCGUUAUCAAUGAUUAAUCUUUAUUUACAGAUAUAAAUUAAAUAACUUUAUAUAUCCUACCUUCCCGACUUCCCACUAACAACAGUGGCGCACACGUCCCCAGAUUACAUUUUGUAUUAUUAUUAUUAUUAUUAUUAUUAUUAUUAUUAUGAUUUUAUUUUUGUUUCAAUUAUACGAUGUUCACAUUGAUUUUUGGUCAAUUUUAUCAAUUUGUCAUUUUUAUAACUUAAGAUACUUUUUUUCAAAAAAAGCUUAGUUAGUAAAAAGGCUCCGAAUUGUUAGAAUCGUGAAUUAAAAUAAUAUACGGAUAUUAUAAUAGUACUUUACUCGGUGGUAUUUUAAUUGAAAAAUAUUUAGAUUCUCAACAGUUUUUCUAUAAAAUUAAAAAAACUAACAACAAAUUAGGAUACGUUUAUUGAUUGUUGGGUUAAUUCAACCACGGAACAAAAAGCCACGACUAGUACUACUUACUUCGCUCAGUAUCGUUAUUUGUUUUCGAUGAUUUAUCGCUGCAAACAGUAUACAAUUUAAAUUAUCUUGUAGAUCCGCAACCUUUUUAACUACUCACCUUGAACAUUGAUAUCUUAACAGCUCCUAACAGUAUAUAAUGUACAUAUUCUAUCCGUGAGAAGUAUCAACUUUUUAUAUUUUGAAAGUAUAUUUCUAUUAUAAGAAAGAAUAAAAUAAAAUAAAUUCUUACCUUAAAUGCUUCAAAAACUCACACCAUAAUUACGCUACCUGUUUAAGCGCUUUUUCAAGUUGUAAGUACAACCGCCCCGAAAAAUUCACCAGUACAGGCCUGGGUAAAAAUAAUAAUAUUUUCAAGUAUCAAUUUUACGUGAUCUAAAAUUACCAAUAUUUUUCGUUACAAUUUUAUAAUAUUACCUAUUUGAGUAUUUAUAGUAUUAAUAAAAAAUGCAUUUUUACAUUGUACCAACCUGUAUAUUUUAUAUUUAUUUAAUGUACAAAUAAAAAUUUGAAAUUUGUUUCAUUCUCGCGCCAAAACAACAACCAUAACCUUAAACCUAAUCGAAAUGUAUUUUAGUAUAAUAAUUUAGAUAGAAAUUACCAUGAAAUUAUGUGUAUAUGAUGUGUCUUACUAGUUUAAAAAUAUUAAACAGGUGGAAAUACUCCAUAAUAACGGAUAUGACGUCGAAGUACACAAUGCUAUUACCGAAGAUGGUUACGUUCUGGAAUUACACCGUAUUCCAAGGAGCAAAAGUGGCCAGGAACCCACCAAAAACUAUCCGGUUUUCUUACACCACGGAAUUUUUGGGAGUUCGGCUGAUUGGGUACUUGCCGGUGCUAAUAUGUCCUUACGUGAGUAUAGUAUUUCGACAAGACCCAUAUCCAACAUUUAUAAUCGGUUGUCACUACAACUCGAUGUAUUCAACUUAUACGUACAUUGAAAUGUAGCUAUGCAACUCGCUGACGAUGGACACGACGUGUGGUUGGCAAAUUGUCGCGGUAAUACUUACAGCAAAAAUCAUGUGUCGCUGACCGUCAAAGAAAAAUAUUUUUGGAAUUUCAGGUGAAAAAACUGUUCGGUACUAUUUAAUUGUAUCGCAUUAUUCGUAAAUCUAGCCACGAAUUGAGGGGUAUUUCUGUGAGCUUAAAAUAAUAAUGCAUAUAAUAUAUUCGAUAUUUAUUUAAUACGUGUUUACAGUUUACACGAAAUCGGAAAGUAUGAUCUGCCAGCUGCUAUCGACUAUAUUUUAUCGGAGAGCAACACAUCACAACUCCAUUAUAUUGGCUAUUCUAUGGGAACUACAGUGUUUUUCAUAAUGGCGUCGGAAAGACCCGAAUAUCAUAUAAAAAUUCGAUCCCAAAUCAGUCUUGCACCGGUGGCCUAUAUGUCCAACUCUAGAUCGAUUAUAAACUAUAUUGCUCCUUACGGAAAAUAUGUGAACGUUAGUAGAAGUUACAAUAGGUUGGAUAUUUAACAUUAUUUUAUUAUUAACUCAUACAUUUUAUUUAUAAAAAUGUAAUUAAAAGUGUAUUAAAUGGUAUUGAUACAGAAGGAAAAAAAUAGACAAUACGCCUGUGAAAAGAUAAUAUUUUACUAUUCAAAAGACAACAGUUUUAAUAAUAUUUUGUUACUUGUUGAAGACUUUUGAAAUUGUUUUAUUCUUUGUCCUUUGAAGAGUAUUAUAUUAUAAUAUAUUUUUUUUAAAUACUCAUAUUUUGUAAUGCCCAUAAUAUAGGCUAUGCUCCAAACGAUUUCAAAUGGAAGGUUAAUGCCUCAUUCGACAAUUCAAUCGUAUUUAGCCUUCACGAUGUGCAGAGAAAAGUUAAUGCGGAAUUUGAUAUGUGCAAAAUGCAUUAUAUUUUCUAUAUGUGGAAGUGAUCCCUAUGAUUUCGAUUCAGUAAUUAAUUAUUAAAUUAUAUUUUAUGCCGUCAAAUUUUACUAUAUGACAAAUAAUAACUGUUUAAUAUUUGUACAACUAAAUUUUAAACUGUAUUAUAAAAUAUUCCACAAUGACAGGAUUUAAUCCCAAUUAUCUCGGGACACUAUCCAGCUGGAACAUCGUCAAAACUGGCCGCACAUUUUGCACAGUUUAUGAUGAACGGUAAUAAUACAUGUAUACAUUUAAAAUAUUUUCAAUCUCCUUAUACUUAGUAUUGUUACAGACAAUUUCAGCCAGUAUGAUUACGGUCCUGUCAUGAACCUGCAUUAUUACAAUUCGACUAUACCUCCAAUGUACAAUUUGGAGUCAAAUCAGGUGCCCACCACAUUGUUCUAUGGAGAUAAUGAUCUAAUAGCUGAUGUUAAGGUAAAUUAUUUACUGUUAUAUUUUGUUAAUACACUAUUUUAGAUUCUGAGUGGGGCGAGAUAUUAGUUUUACAAUAAUGUUUAAAUUUUUUUUAUUUUGUUUUUUUUUUGUUAUAUACUGUCUACAAAUAUUCUAUCAGAAAUCUAGCUACGAUGUUUCAAAUGUAGCACUUUUUCUGAAGGAGAAUUUUCCUGAGGUUCUUUAUGAAGGUCAUUUUUUGGUUUUCUCAGAGAUAUUUAUAAUCUCUAUUUAUAAUAAAUAGAAAAAAACGGGAAAAUUUACGAAAAUAAUACUUUUAUUAUUUUCAAUUUUGAGACUUGAAAUUCGGACAAAAACUCAUAUUCAACGUUUCUAGACGUGAUAAAAUUUUCAAAACAUUUGAAGUAUUUUGGAACUAUUUAUAGACAUUUUAAUUUUACGAGUUUUCUACGUCAUUUUUAUUCGGUAGGUACUCUGUAAAUAAAAUUGUAAGACAAAACAAAAAUGCUUGAAAAUUUAACAACAGGUACAUUAUAUGUUGUACUUAUUUACACGAAAAUCGUAAAUUGUACGGCCUUUUAAAAUAUCUAUAACCAAACCUCGCUCCGAAUCUUUUUUCAUUAUAUAUUUGUAAAUCCUUUUUUUUCUUAUUCAUUAAAUUUUCCUCUACAUCCUACCUUACCAACUUCUCAUCUACAACAAUGACCGACCCAUCGUGUGAAGUAUCUUUUUGAUAAGUUUAUAUUAUUCUAUUGAUUAAAUUUUGCAGGAUGUGGCUAAACUAAAAUCCCAGCUUCCUAAACUGAUGGACUUUGUUCUAGUUGACAACCCGUACUGCAAUCACUUGGACUUUAUGUGGAGUAUAAAUGUAAAUUCUCAAAUAAAUGAUCCAAUUAAGGCAAUACUAAAGGAAACAGAUGUUAUGGCCUGGAAAUACACUGGUCCUAGACCCUCUACCACUAUUCAAGAAACCAACAAUGAUGGACUAAGCAAUGCCGUUGAUCGGAUGCCGAACUCGAUAAAUAACAUGGAGACUUUACCGGAUCUAGAUUUUUUUGAGGAAAAUUUAGACACUAUAAUUGCAAAAACUAUGCCUCGGUCUGUUGAAGAGAACGACGUGACAGAGUUUCAAAGACAACGAGAAGUGUUAAAUAUAAUUUUGAGAAAUUUGAUGAAUUUUAUAAAGUCUAUCGAUAUGAGAAAAAAGUCACUCCAGGAUGGGUUUACUAACGAACUCUCUGAGUGGAACGAUCACGUGGCUACCAGAUUAGCCAGGAUCCAAACAUUUUUAUUAGGGGUUUAAAUAAGAUUUUUAUUUUGCCGUGAAAUAUUUCAAAAAAUACAAUAAAUAAAGGGAACCCAGGGCAAAAUGAAAUACAUUAGCUUUAAUUUUAUAUAAAAGUCAUUUUUGAUUUUAAAUGUACUUUAGUACAACUUAUUACUUGUUACUCAACUUAUCAAAUAUUAUCAUCAAGCAUUCAACAACUAUUUCUCAUCAUUUUUAAAAAAAUUAUUCGUUCCAUGAAACGUUCCAAAGACGUUUCGUUUUUGUAGUAUUGCCGAAUAUAGAAAAAAUCGCCUGUCACAUUUUACUCAAUGUUCCCCUACUCACCGUUUUAGCAGUAUUAAAAUAUCUACUACCUAUUUAGAUAUAACAUAAUGAACUGUACCAUACAAUUUUG